UUAUGACCUCCACGGUGCGGGGGACGGCGGCCUGCCGCUGCCCCUCUCCCGCUCCCUCUCCCAGUGCAUCUGACGCUCACGCAUCAAAGACGCCACCCUGACCGAUCCAUCACACCAAAACAUCCCAAACAACCAUACCGACACCUGCACAGGGGUGUCGCAGUGGUUGUCUCACUGCUUCACGUACCGUUCCUGCAUGGUCAUCUCCUCGUCCGACUCCUCAAACCACUGGUCGUCCACCGAUCCGAUCUCGCCGUCAUGCAAACCACCCGCUACGCCGUCAACACCAGUGACCGUCGCUGUCGUGGUUGAUCCCCCAGAGGGGUGGUCGCCCAGGUCACUGGUGGACGACAUGGCGCCGCUGCCCAAGCCCACCGAGCCCCAGCGGCCAGAGGACGACCGCAUCCUGCCUUUGCUGCGGUGGCUGUGGCUGUGGCUGUGUGUGUGCUGGACAUGUGGCGGUCGGAGCAGACCUCCCACCGGGGCGCCGCCCUCACGAGGGCCAAGCGCGAAUCCUCCAGCCGUCCUCUCGCUGCCCAUCGAUGCCACGAGGGGGGCAUCCUGGAAGGCGAAAGGCGCGUGUGAAGGAAAGGUCGACGGCAGCUUGCUCCUGGCCGCCUUGGCCUGGGGCCGGCUGCGGAUGAGUGGGGAGUUGGGGGGGCUGUUGUGGUUCGCCUUGGGGCUGCUCUCCUCGGCUGUCAUGGCCUUCCGCGUCGUGGUCAUCCAGCCUGGCGAGUCCUGAGCACUCGUGGAUGACCGAGGGGCAGCGGCCUCACCACCACACGCAUACCUCAAGCGCGAAAGCUCCUCAGACAGCGGCCUAGCGAUCUGGUGCUGGGGCAUGUGCUGUUGCCGUUGCUGGGCAGGUGGACUUCCGAACCGCCCGAGGGAGCCGCGAUGCGCCGAGUGGGGUGAGAAUACGGGAGAGGUCUUGGACGACGUCCAGGAGUGGGGCGACGCCCCUCCACCCUUGGAGGCUGACCCCGAGCCGUCGGUGUUGCUGUGGCUGUCUGCCGGGAGUGGAUCUGUGUGCCCGCCGAUGAACGACGCCAGCAGUGAGUCACGCAACGACCUGGGGGAGAUCUGGUCGAUGACGAGAGAGCUGCGUGAGCAGACGGGAAGGGGCAGAGACGACGGGGGCUCAGUGGAUCGGCGGGAGAGCUCCGGCAUAGCCAGGUCAGUGGAGGGACGCUGCACCGCCCGGGCGUCUUCAUCCUGUGUGCCAGUGGCGGCUGCUGCUGCUGCUGCUGCCUGGGUCACAGGCAUCGCCGCCCCGACCACCUGCUCCUCCCUCACUCGAACACCCUUGCUCCUGUCAUACGCGACGGCCUCCCUCUCCUCGUGCACCGACAGGUGGAUCUGCGUGUUGUUGCUGAAGCUCGUCCGCACACUCACUACCGACUCGCCAAGCGGCCCGGGAGACGACGGCAGCUCGGCCUCGUCAGUGGGCUGCCGGUCGUUGUCGUUGCCUCCGCGAGGCACCGAAGGCGCUGGCGAUGAGGCAGCCGACGCGUCGAGAGGUUCGAGUGUGAGUGGCGGUGGGGCGUCGAUGGAGGGGUCUGAGGAUGAGACGGGGAGGGGGUGGCUGGGCGUCUCGGUGGGGGGCGCACGGGAUGCUGAGGCCGAUGACGAGUGGCUUGAGUUGCGGAGAUCUCUUUCUCGGCGUCGCUCCUGCUCCUCAGACCUCAGCUGGCUCACGUACUCCUGGAUGGACAGAGAAAUCACACGUCGGAUGAUGUGCUGUGUCGGCCUUAUUCUGGCCUUAUUCUCACAUUCGGUCUGACCUCUGUGAGUCGCUGUUUGUCCUGCCCCUCAGCCUCAUGGAGGAAGAAGUCUGCCUUGCGGAGGAUACUGCGGCCGUCGUCCAGGGCUGCCAGCUGCACUUGACGCGUCAUGAAGCUCUGAAUCGCACGGGUGCUCGCCUCUGUCACAUUUCCAACACACACAUACACACAGAUGGUUGACGCGUCAAUUCAAUGCAGUGUUGCUUUCCCUCUCCCUCCCUCCCUGACUCCCUGACCAGGGUGUUGCAGCUCCUCUGGCGGCACCAUGAAGGUGCAAGCAUGCACCUCCAGGAGAGCGAGCAGCACUGCAAACACUGCACGGGGCCCCUCCACCACGAGCAGGUCCCACACGCGCACCACCGCCUUGAGCGGCAGCGUCUUGGCAAACAGACACAACAACGGAUCAACUGCCAGCUGCACACACACACAGAGAGAGAGAGAGACGGGCAGAAAGCAGCAGGGAGGAGUUGAUCACACGAGGCGAGGGCUGGUCGGUUGUGUGUGGCGGCUAGUUUCUGUAUCGCUUUCUUUCUGACCCAUAGGAGUGGCAACGAGAGUCGUCUCAGCUGCUGCUCGACGGCGGGCAGGAACUCAGUCACGAUGCGCUCACCAACCUCCACGUCAACCAGAAAACCCUCCAAACGGUCUGCAGUGGGGCAGGCAAACCACACACUCAUAAACACGCCUUUGUGUGCGUGUGUGUGUGUCUAUGUGUAUCUUUCGCUGCGUACGAGCAUGGUAGUUUUUGCAGUAUCGUUCCAGCAGUGCAGCGAGCGCCCAGAAGGCGGUCUCCUCGUCAAAGCCAACCACCAGGAGGACGGCUACCAACAGGUUCAUCGACUGACAGUACCUGCACAAAGGAAACAAGGGAUAAGACAUGACAAGGGGUGCGGCUGUCCCGGCCUGUUUGUGGUGAAUAGGUGGCUGGCUGACUGACCCGAUGUCUUCGUUGUGGAAUGCGUAUGCAAUCAGCACGUUGCGCAGCGCUGUGCGAUGCUCCGUGUCCAAGAAAUUAGGCAUCGUCCUCUCAACGUCCUACAGGCGGCGCGCAGACGCCCAGUCAUCGCUUGGUGUGUGUGUGCAGAGCGGUCUGGGCUGUGGCGUGCUGCGCCCACCAGGUCGACUUGUCUCAUGGAGUCGGUCUCGCCGUCGGAGGUCCUGGCGAGCAGGCCGGCGAAGUACUGCGAUCUAAAGGUGGAGCGGAGCUCACUCAGACCCAACAGGUGACUCCACAGCUGCACACACAUACACACACACACACCACACACACAGAGAUAGAGAUACAUGUGUGUGUUUCGUCAAUGGUGUGAGUGUGUGUGUGUGUUUGUAUACCUUGACGCGGAACUGCGCCGGGACGCCCUCAUGCACGAGUGUCCUGAGCUCAUCGGCACUCAUCGACGACACAUCCAGCCGAUUCUGAAGAGCAUGGUACCUGCAGCCACACCACACACACCACACAGGAUGUGAAACAGACACACAGCUACCCUGGCACUCGUGUGCUAUCUGUCGUCCUGACUGACCAUAGCUGCAGCACUUCCUUCCUUGAGGCACCGGGGGCCGCCGAAGCGCUGCUAGCCGCUGCCUCGCCAAACGGCCCCACGCUCCACUCUGGCGACGCUGCACCAUUGCUGCCACUGCUGCCAUUGGCCGAUGCCGCCGCCCCCAACUCUUGCUGCUUCCUCUCCGCCAGGAGGUCCCCCAUGUCGGGCAGCACACAGUAGUCGUCCUGGCUGGCAGUGGGGGUGGUGGUGGUGGGCAGUGCUGGUGCAGGGAUGGCCGUGGGCGCCACGUACAAAGCCGAGUGCUCGUCGAAGAGCAGUCGGAAUAUGUCCUCGCGGCUGACGUCGAUGUCCGGCACGUUGGAGCGCAGGACGUCGCCCUCGGUCUUGAGGAAGCUCCCGCCCAUGCCCCCUCCUCUCCUCAGCCCCCUGUGUAUCGACCGCGACCGCAGCCGCCGGGCCCGCCCCGCCACUCGCUGCCGUGCCUGCUGCCCAAUGCUCGCCAGCCCACCACGGAGCGACCGCAGGCCAUCUGCCAGCCGUGAGGUGCGCGUCUCGCCGCUCGUGUCACGCGGGGACGGUCCGGCGGUAUCUUCCGGCCGCUGCUGGCGACUUGCGAAUCGGUUGCGGACCAUACGGAUGGCGGAUGAAGGGAUGCUGCGGAGCGGGGGAAGGGAGAGCCGCAUCGAGGGAGAGGUGGCUGCUGGCGGGGAGGGGGUGCCGCCAUCGGCCUCAUCCGACUCGUCUGUCCCCGUGCUGCGCGGCCGGCGCUGCGUCACCUCGCCCACCGCGCGUGACGAGCGGAAGGCGGCCGCGGCAGCGGCAGCAUUAGUGGCUGUCUGCUGGGUGGCGUCGCUGUCGUGCAUGGGCUUCUGCGGCGAGUCCACAGGGGAGGACCCGGAGAGAGACUGCACUCGGUCUGUGGUGCGCUGGCUGACGAAAGCCGUCUGUGCUGUGUUGCUGGCGCUGUGGGCGCUCGACAGCGGCACGGGAAUGGGCUCGAAGGCGGCAGCCGGCGUCACGUUGGCAUCCUUGUCGACGUCAUGCCAUUCGCUCGCGACGGGCUGGGUAGUCUCAUCCCGGUUUGCUUCCCGAGCCUCUCGCGGCGACUGGGAUGACUCGGGGGUGUCGCUGCCGUAGCGCCUCUCCCAGUCCUGCGUCAGGCAGAGGGUGUCGAUGCCCAAAUGGGAGAGGCUGACGAGCGUCGCCGUGUUAGACGAGCCCGGUCGUCGAUGUGGGCCUCCCGCGGACGGCCUGCCGCCCGUCGUCGAGUUGUUGUUGCCCAUUUAUCCUCAGGGAGCCAUCGAGGUGAUGGAGGGCAAUUUGCUGGAGGGACACUCGACAACGUGAAGAGAGC